AGAAGCCUCAUUUUGACAAGUCCAUGUUGCCGAGGGUAAAAUCAAAGUUUGUUGAUUUGAUGCUUUGAAAGGAAUCUUCUUUAUGCACAGGUUGCAUAAAAUUCGAAUUAUAUCAACCAGCAUUCAAAUUUAGUGAGUUAUUUUUUUGUGGGUGUUACCACUUGGUUGUUACAUAAGUGACGAGAGGAGAAGAUUGUUUAAAAGUUUUAAAAAAGCUUACUUACACCCGUGUCAAUUGAUCCCAUAUUGCAAAGAAGAAAGUGACCAUGAAUGGUGCCGGAAGUGGAGGAGGGCAGUACAUUAGUGAAGACGAUUUUGACGACUAUAAGCAGUCACCAGCCCAUACGUCAUCAUCCUAUUAUCCAGGCUCUGGAAACCCAGUCUCUUCCGCGGCUCAUCAAGGUGGUUCAGGUUCGGGCAGUCAAGGUUUAAACUAUUCUUCAGGCACAGGAGGAGGUGGGGGAGGAGGGAGAAACCAAAUUUGUUGCUUAGUGGAUGACGGGAAGAGAUGUAAUAGAUUUGCAGGGAAUGCCAGUUACAGUAAAAGGAUUCAGAAAACAGUUUACUACAAAAGACUCAAAUUGGAAACUGAUUUGAACGCAACUCACAUUUAUAUUUGUGACUAUCAUAAAAUGGUCAUCCAAAAUGCAAGAUCUCGACAGAAAAAGGAUUCAGAUGACGAAAUGAACGAUGGGGAUGACAUACCGGAGGUGGAUCUUUUCCAACUUCAGGUUAAUACGCUGCGACGAUACAAAAAACACUUCAAAAUCCCAAGUCGUCCUGGACUGAACAAAGCCCAGCUAGCGGAUAUUCUCAUGCGUCACUUUAAGACUAUCCCCGUUAUGGAGAAGGAGACGGUCACUUAUUUCAUCUAUAUGAUCAAGUCAGAAAAGAACAAAUUAGACAAUCCCUCCACCAGAGCCAAUGAGCCCCCCGGAAGUGGAAAUGGAAGUGGGAAUUCAGAGUUUGCUGAUAGAUACUGACAAAAGCAAGUUUUUAGAUAGCCAUAAUUACAGGGUUACUUGUCAACCAUUUAUACAAUGCAGUUUACAUUACUUACCACUUACGUCAGAGUAUCCAUAUUUUUUCAUUGCCGUUCUAUGUGAUGAUUUCAUGGCUACAAAAGCACAAAUUGUAGGCUCGUGCAUAUUUACGAGACCUAAUGCGAUUAGAUAAACGCCAAAGCAGUACAGGAAGAGGUCCGGUCGAGUGGUCGACAAAUUUUGAGGGGGAAAGCUGGAUUUUUUUUACAUAGAAAUGGUCUGCUCAUUCAAGUUGAUAUAUGAGUCGACCCUAGAUCAUUCAUUUUAACAACUGGGAUUUAAAGUACCUCACCGUACGUAGUGGGUACCGAGUAGCGUGAUUGGCGACCAAUAUUCUGUCGACCAAUGGGGUGUCGAUGUUUGUAGACCACUUGUCACCAACCCCCGACAGGAAAUAUACUGGAAAAAUUCAAUACUGAAAUUUACAAAAUCUAAUUUUGAAAUUUUCCAACCAUAAACUGAGGAUGAGUUCUGUAUUUUUUUGCCUUGUUGGUGUAAAUAUAUUAGGUCCAAUAAUACUUACAAUUUGUAAAUCUAUGUGUUCGUGUUAUUAUGAUUUAUUAUACAUCACUUAAAUUAUGAUAUAUAUUAUUUUUUAAAUACAUUAUAUUUGUUCCAAUAUUUGAGGUAUUCUAAUCUAUUUAUUAAGGCAAAUUUUAAGACUAUUGAUGAUUAUUCGAAUGCGAGCAAUAUAUUUUUCCCAAUUUUUGCCUAUUUCUCAUCUAAAUUUCGACAGGUUUGUUAAAGCAAGCAAGUUUGUGAACUCUCCCAAAUAUUUUAUGUUUAUGAAUAAAUGAUUAUAUACGUUCUAUCCGCUCAA